CCAACACCCCCAGGUCCCUUUCCUCUUCACAGUCAUCCAGCCUAUAACACUGUAACCAUGAAGGGCAGGUGAUGGAGCAUGAUGCACAAAUUUCAGCAGAGUUUACCUAUCUGAUACCUGAUGUUUGAGGAGACAGUAGCAUCCGGGCUUGUAUCAGACAUGAGUGUUAAGGAGUCUCCAAUAGCCACAGCUAAGCACUGAAAUAUAGGGGUUGCACAGCAUAUCUGUUGGUACAGCAGCAACCUAACCCAUGUGACACCCAGCCACACCUGUGCUAGCCUCCUCCGCCUUAUCUGCACAGCAAGAAGGCAAAAAAGCAGCAGCUGAUUCUCCAUGACUCCCAGCAUGCUGAAGUUCAGGAACAACCACCAUGCCAUCUCCACACAUACAGGAGCUGUGUGCACAGGUGCAAAUCCCAAGUGCCUGCAGCGCCCACGCCUCCAUCCUCCGCACCAGAAGCACGAAGAGGUUGCCCAGCCCAUGCCAGCAUCAAGUGCCAUUAGCCUGUUUGUGGGACUUAAUGCACCAGGAAGGCUUCCACCAGAUGUCAGCCUAACUAAAUGACAAUGCUGGCCUCGGGGUGCAGCUCUGCUUCGAGUGCAUGUGUUUAGCAAGGACCAGCUCUGCUGCUGCACAAGCCAGGUAAGGGAGAGGGCUCUUUGGUCCUAAAGCACUUAUUCUGAAGAAAGCCAUAUUUCCUCUUUUCCUCCAAGUUUUAGAGGUGCAGAUGCCACCUCAAAGCGCCUGUUCUGGCGGGAGGCUCCAGAUGGCACUCGUCCGUGGCUUCCCUUGGCAUGCAAGCAAGUUUGCAGUCUCAGAAGAAAUGCAAUGGUGAGAAUUAAGCAGGCAGCUGGAGCCUAUUCUCAGCCUACUGCACCUCGGCACCCCAGACAGUCCCCAGAGCACAAGGCGAAUAUCAGCACAGUUUCAGGUUUAAAAGGAAUCGGAGGCAUGCCUUCAGUAAUAGCUGUUGGCUCACGACAAGCACGCACAAAAACAGGUUUAUGCUGAGAAAAGCGCCCAUAAAGCUCGCAUUCACUGUUUCCCAAAGAGGAAACUCACUGGCAAGGUGCUAAAUAGCCCUUGUUUGGUUACAGGCCAGAGAACCAAGAGCUUCAGGAAGGCAGCAGCUUACCGUGUGUGAGCAGCAACUCCCAACGCCGUGCCAGAUUACACAACCUUCACGUGGGAGGAACCUACCAACAGGCAUGGAUGCGAAAAAGCAGAACCCUUCCAAAAGGUACCCAAAUUUGGCCACUGGGUAAUAAUGGAAAGAGUGGCACAGCAGGAUAGUAAUUUUUCAUCUGGGAGCUUUUUCAAUUUUCUUAAAUGACACCUUAGGAACAUUCCUUAAAAGAUUGUGUUAUCAUAUUGAUGUGCUAUUAACAUUCAGAUCAGCGCUGGGGUCAGGACAGAGCACCAGAUGAGUGCUGAGAAGCACAGAUACAGGCACGUUGCUGCCGUACUCCCCCAAGGCAAUGGGCAGCUCAGGCUGGAUUUCGGCUGCGUACUUCUUGCGCAGUGAAUAUUAACUAUGGAAAAACUCUUGGAAUAGGUCCGUGUCAUUUCUUUACAUGUGUUCCUUUCAGUCUAGAGCAAAUGCUGGAAUAUUUACAGCAGCAGAACAAUUUAACACAUUCACCUAGCACUGCCCGGUUUAACAUUAAAAAUAGCUGCGUUAUUUAUUUUUGUGUUUUGUGGGCUUUUGCUUUUCUUUGUGCCUUUGUGUUCUCCAUCCCUCCGUUUCAUUUAACACCUCCCCUGUGGGGACAGCCACAGGUCCAGCACUGCAGCCAGGGGCACAGCUGCACUGUAUGACAAAGAAAGAAAAACAGGCAGGAACCAGCAAGGCCGAGGUUAAAUAAGGAACUAAAGUUUAAUAAUGAAGCUAAAUGACCGUUGUCUUCUCAGACCUCCUCUGACACAAUUAAUCUCCCUCCCUGCUAGCAUGGGGAAUUUGCUAUUCUCAGCUCAGCCCUGUCCCGAGGCCAUCACUGACACCUCACUGGCACAGGGCAAGCAUCGCCGAGCACCUCAUGCUGUGCUGCUGCCACGUGUCUCAAGGUGACAACCAGGUCCCAUAGGACAGUCUGCUUUGGGCAGCAGAAGCUGUGAUGUCCCACCACGCAGCCCUGGACCAGGCUGUGGCCCUGCAGGGCUGCUGGCACCACGGCCCAGCUCAGGACUCUGCAUGCUGGCUGCAGGUCCUGCCGACACCGUGGGUCCCGGCCCCUGUUCAAGGGCUGUGAGCUGCAGGGAACCCCAGCUGUAAAUGCAACUUGCUCUCCUACACUUUGGUACGCAGCAAUAAGCGACACAAAAGCCAGGGUUUGCAAGGAAAAAAAAAAAAAAAGAUGGAUUUCCUCAUUUCAUAACUGCAAGCUGUCAAGCUAGAUUCCAAUUAAUAUUUUUCUUUUCCUGUGCUCUAAGGUAAGCUUUGCUUUUUUCCAGAAUUUUCCCAGUGCUCCAAACACAUUUCUCACCGCAGGGACUCCACCGCGCGCCCCGACAGCGCUCCUGUCCCAAAAAGCACUCUCCUCCUGCCCGUGCUCCUGCAGGGACCUGGAGCUGCCCCACCUCCCUGCAAAGCACUGCUUAUCAGCGCCCUCAGUCCAAGUCGGGCACACUUCACAUCCCCGAGCAUCCCAGCGCAGCCGGGUUGGGCAGGCAGCCGGCAGCAGCGAGGCUCCAGCUGCAGCUCUGCGCUGCCCACAGUGAGCGCAGCCAGCAGGAAUGCAGGGGGGGAGCGGGGCGGUGCAAGGCUCUCCGGCUCCUCGCAUCGCCGGGGCGAAGGGCUCUAACAGUUGAUUUUUUUUUUUUUCCCCCCUCCUCGAUCAGUGGUCUCAAACACGAUCGCGGUAUGCAGCACAAUGCUUUAAAACAGCAAAGCUUCUGGAAAACCCAAACAAAAGGAACGUCAGCAGGUGACGUCAGCCUAUAUACAGCCCUGCGUGGUCGCGGCGCAUAAGCAAACCCAUUCUUGUGCCGCUUCCCUGAAAAGCUUUUCAGUAAAUGCACUCAUGCUACUCCAGGAGCUUCUCUCAGCAAUAAGCCACCCAUCUGCCAUCAACAAGUUAGGACUAAAGGAACCCACAGCUGCGGAAAAAGAAAACGUGAGCUUCGAUUAAACAGCCGAGCAGCCGCCGAGGAAGAAAACUUCUAUUAAGCAUCGACUUGAAAACUGCAGACCUGUCAGAGGAGAUCACGCCGGCGCUUUCAAAAGGAAUAUUCUAAGAGAGCACGGUGGAUUCAAUUUUGCACUAAUUUCAAAGGACCCUAAACCAGUAAAUUAUUCACAGGCUAUCUCGCGUUAGAGCCUUUCACAGACUCACCGUGUUGAGUCUCAAACUACGACUGAAUGCAACCUCCAAUGUACUCAAAAGAAUGGGUAAGUGUGUGCCUUUCUCUCUCCCUUGUCUAAUGAAUGAUGGCUGUGUGUUAAGGCAGCGGCGAGGUGCUACAGCACGCUUUGCUGGGGUGAACCUUGUGAGAGAAAUGUGUUCUGAUUGUGACGCUGUAACCCUCCGUAAUGCCGAUAAAGACUCAUCCUAAGUGUAAUAGCUGGUAUUCUGUGUGUAGUACUAAGUUGUUUCUUGCAUUUAGAAUAAGCUUUUCGGAAAUGCAUGGAAAUGUUAUCUGCAGUGAAAUCUUCCACCGUGAUGUUCAAAGUAUACUGAUAAGGAUAUCCUAUCUUGUUGUUUUCCUAAAUUAUAUUCUGCAGGCUUACAUUUCAAGUGGCCAUUAGGGGCUCGUAUGCUGGCAGCACUAUAUGCAAUGAGCAUGGUUUUAAAAAUGCUGCCUGCCUUGGGCAUGGCUUGUCCACCAAAAUGUCGCUGUGAGAAGCUGCUCUUUUACUGUGACUCUCAGGGGUUUCACUCAGUGCCAAACACCACUGAAAAGGGCUCUCUAGGUUUGUCACUGAGGCACAAUUUUAUUACUGAACUUGAAAGGGAUCAAUUUGCGAGCUUCAGUCAACUUACUUGGCUUCACUUAGAUCAUAAUCAAAUUGCAACAGUCAGAGAAGAUUCUUUUCAAGGACUGUAUAAACUUAAGGAAUUAGUCUUAAGUUCCAACAAAAUCUUUCAUUUGCCAAACACCACUUUUAGCCAGCUGCUUAACCUGCAGAAUUUGGACCUCUCUUUUAAUCAGUUGUCCUCUCUGCACCCUGAGCUGCUCUACGGCCUCCGCAAGCUGCAGACCUUGCAUCUGCGCUCCAACUCCCUGCGGACGAUCCCCGUCCGCCUGUUCUGGGACUGCCGUAGCCUGGAGUUCCUGGAUCUGAGCACAAACCGCUUGCGAAGUUUGGCUCGCAAUGGCUUUGCGGGAUUAAUCAAGCUGAGGGAGCUGCACCUAGAGCACAACCAGCUGACAAAGAUUAAUUUUGCUCAUUUCCUCCGGCUGAGCAGCCUGCACACUCUCUUCUUGCAGUGGAACAAAAUUAGCAACUUGACGUGUGGGAUGGAGUGGACCUGGGGCACCUUAGAAAAGCUCGAUUUGACUGGAAACGAGAUCAAAGCCAUCGACCUAACAGUUUUUGAAACUAUGCCUAACCUUAAAACCCUCCUCCUGGAUAACAACAAGCUCAGCACGCUGGACUCCAAGAUCCUGCGCUCGCUGCCGUCGCUCAGCACCGUGGGGCUCUCGGGCAAUCUGUGGGAAUGCAGCGCCCGGAUCUGCGCGCUGGCCGCCUGGCUGGGAGCCUUCCGGGGCCGCUGGGAGCAUCCCAUCCUCUGCCACGGCCCCGACCACGCCCAGGGAGAGGACAUCCUGGACGCCGUGCACGGCUUCCAGCUCUGCUGGAACGCAUCGACCGCCGCCCCGUCCGCGGCACCGACGAACGCUCCCACCACCGAGUACACGAAAGGAAUCAGCUCCUCUCAUUUCCAUAUGGGAGACAAAGAAAUCCCCACCACGGCAGGCAUGGUCGUCACCACCGAGGAACCCUUCCCCGAGCCAAACAAUGCCAUCUUUACUCAAAGGGUAAUUACAGGGACAAUGGCUUUAUUGUUUUCUUUCUUUUUUAUCAUUUUUAUAGUGUUCAUCUCCAGGAAAUGCUGCCCUCCCACAUUAAGAAGAAUUAGGCAGUGCUCAAUGAUUCAAAACCACAGGCAGCUCCGAUCCCAAACGCGGCUACAUAUGGCAAAUAUGUCAGACCAAGGACCGUACAAUGAGUACGAACCCACCCACGAAGGACCCUUCAUCAUCAUUAACGGCUACGGACAAUGCAAGUGUCAGCAGCUGCCAUAUAAAGAAUGUGAAGUAUAAUACCUAAAAUUAAACCAGAUAAGUAACCUAUUUUAAAAUUGUAGGGGACCUACAGCAGAUUCUAAUUUUUACAAAUGUUGACGUAAAGCCUAAUUUUCCAAGCUACUCAAUGGAAGCAUUGUUUAUGGAGUGGUGCAGUAUUUUUAAGUUUGUUUUUUUUUUUUUUUUAAUAAAUCCAUAAUAUUUUCAGUGUUAAAGAAGCAAUGAUCACAUUAAACUUGCACUCCUAGUGUUUAAAAGUCUAAAAAGAUGCUCACCUCAAACUAUGUAAAAUGUUCCAUGUUAUGUAACUGUGUGUACCAUUUAUACCCAAGUCUCCACACUCCAGUUUCCCCAGUAAAAUCAGCCCGGGUGGAAGGAGGGAGGAUGUCUGCACAGAGACCUGCAGAGGAACAUACACUGCAUUUGUUCCCCUGCAGCUGUGCGAUGCCAAACAUCCCAGCUGGCUCUGCUCAAUUCAGAGGCAUGCUGGAGGAAGGCUUUCCUCCUCUGAUCAUUUCCACUCGAGUAAAAAGGGGAGAGGGAAAAAAAAAAAAAA